UGUAGGUUUUGGUAUGAAGUUCUGGCGGUGAGGAGAAUAUCGUGGCAAGAUCGACAGAGGGUCUGAACAUUUACUACUAUGAACAGAGCUGAGACGCAGAGGUAUUGAAGGAAACAUUGCGUUCGGAAAUCUCAGAAAGUAAGAUUGGAUGUGCAAUUAGAGCAGAGAUCAGUUCAAUGAAAGAAUGCUUACUAUGUCUUUAUCAGUCUAUAUGUUUUUGUAGCGUGCACAGCGCGUGCACUCUGAGCUUUGAACAGAACCUUGGAACGCAGCUGGAUCAAGUCCUGCUUGCCGACAGUGCAGGCAGUCGCGACAUUCGUCGACUUAAGUGGACCUGUUCACUAUGCGAGCGCUUGCAAUCUCGAACGCUUUCUAUUUUCAUCCUGAAACGCGUUCCUGAAAUGUCAGGCAAUGUCGCGUCGCGGGUCAGAGUUUCGGAACUGUGGCGGUGCGAUGGUCCCUCCUCUUCGGAACUUUGGAAGCAUUGAUGUUGGCUGCAAACCUUGUUGAGAAAUUGGAGAAGUCGACAGAAUCUGCUAUGCAGAAGCUUUCUUCAAUGUGUAGGACAUUGGCCUGUAUUCGUUCGCGAUACUCGAUCAAAUCCAAC